GUUCUCUUUAGCAACGAAAGGAUGGAAAAAAAUGAACCCUUGUUAACCACAAAUGGUCACAUGUGAGGGGCAACAGUAUCAAUUCAGCUGUCACGGGCAAAACCUCACCAAAACAGAUUAUUGAACGUUCAUCUUACUUUUCAGAUCAUUACUUCAUUCUUCAACCUUUGGUAAUUGAGUUGUCUUCAACAUGACUGCCCACAAUGUCAGAACCUUCAUUUCCCGCAAGACAGUUGACGACCUGUUAAGAGAACUGAAACCUCAGUCCGAUUUGGUAGACGUCGCCUCCAGUGAAACUUUGGAAAUAGUCUUUGACACUCUACUGGCCAACGACAUUCUAUCUGUGCCAGUGUAUAAAGAAAAUUCGCAGCCAAAAGAAUACAUUGGAUUUGUCAGUGCGCUGAAUUUGCUGAGAUUGAUAGUGAACAACACGAAUUUGGAAAACCUGAAGACUCAUCCAGAUAUUUUGCAACAACCAGUCUCCGUUGCGUUUGAAGAGAAUAUAGAACAAGCAGAGAUAUCGGUGAAGUCCACGGAUCCACUGUCCUCCAUCUUGAAUCGCUUAUCGCGAGACAGAUUUCACAGAGUGCUAGUCACAUCUGACCACAGGGAGCCUAUUGUAGUGUCACAGAGAGACUUACUUCGAUACUUUCAUUCGCAUAACCAUGAACUUGGGAAAGUACUGGAUGUUUCCGCGUCGAACGUCACAAUGGUUGCUCUAGGUGAUAAAACGGUACAAUCAAUUAACUUUCGACACACUGCAUGGGACGCUUUUACUAGGAUAGCUAGUCUCAAUCCCUUUUCAGCGAUAGCUGUGUUAGAUGAUGAUGAAGGGCUUGUCGCUGAAAUAUCGGCUGGUGAUCUCCGUGGCUUGAACCGAAGACGCAUACCUGACUUGAGUUCUCCAAUCAUCACUUUCUUAAAAGGUACUCAUGGUGACGAUGGUAUUUUGCCUCUGAUAUGCCAUAAAAGAUUCACCUUGCAACAAGUAAUGGCUGCCUUGGUUCUUGGUCAAGGCCAUCGGAUUUGGCUCUGUAACCCUGACGAUACUGUGGAAGGUGUGGUGACUUUGACAGAUGUUUUGGUCGCUCUCAACGAUGACGCUGCUCUCCUUCAAUAAGUAUUGUCUUUGCCAAAGUAUUUACUGUAUAGGAUAGCCAUAUUACUACUCCUCAUUUACCUUCACGCAACUCUCCCUUGAUUAUUUUUCUUGUAUAUAAAGAACAAAAUACAUUGUACAUAGCAGAAG